ACUUACCUGCGUAUAUAAAAAUGUCAAAUACGCGCCAUUUUAAAGACGCCGUGUUACAACAUCUCUCUUCGGUUUGAACAAAAACCUGCACGCAUGCACACAACGUUAAACACAAUUGUUAUCAUUUUCAGGAGACCUACUCAACUUUUCCGUAUUCCAUGAUGACCAUAUUUGUGAUGACGCUCGGUGAACUCAACUACGCCGACACGUUUAUGCCGUGGGGUAAACUGGAAUACGCUACGCUGACGAAUAUCCUGUUCUUUUUGUUUGUGCUGGGAAUGCCCAUCAUUCUUAUGAACAUGUUGGUCGGUCUCGCAGUGGGAGAUAUUGACAAGAUUCAAGUCAAUGCGUUGAUUGAUCGCUACGUCAUGCAGGUCGAGAUGGUUUUAGAUAUGGAGGAAACAGUCCCUGAAUCUUUUGCUAAGAGAGCAAAUGUUACAAAACACGUGGAAUAUCCAAACAGGGAUGCAUCCAAGCUCUAUGAGCAGCUUUUAGGCUUUAGUCGACCAACAGAAGAAGAAGAGGAAGAUUAUUCAACCCCAGAGCUCCCUCCUGAAUUUCAGCCGCUCCUGGACAGAAUGGAAGAGCAGGAGAACAGAAUCAAAGGAAUAUAUGAGCUGUUGGGAGAACAAGCAAAACUUCUCCAAACGAUUAGUCAACAGAAACAAGCUGAGGAGGAGACUCGACAGGCACCAACUAAAAUCUUAGGAAAAAUGUCAAGUAAACUGAUCCCCAGUUUCAAGUUUUAGACUGUUCAAGAUCAGAGUCUCCUUUUAAACUUCAUGGAGAGUUUUUCAAUCGAGUAUUAUCCCAUAGUUUUUGUCCUUUCAUUUUGUGAAUGCACAACUUUUUUCCCAGGCCUUUGCCCUUUUACCAAUUUCUAAGUUAAAAGCCUCGUAUGCACCAUCUAGGCUAGCUAGCAAGCUUAAAGGAUGUUUUCAUAAGACUUUGUUGCUAAGAAACCCCUACCCUAACCCCUAAGGUGAUAUAUAUCGUUACAGCGAUAAGCCGAAGAUCGAAAGAAGCUGAUCUUUCUUGAAUUAAACAGUACAGAUCUUCAGCUGAACAG